CACAUCUGUAAAUGCAUCACUGACCCCAGACUCUAUAAGAGGGAGGAGCCUCCGGAAGGCCCGUCAGAUGGGCCCUGUGCGGAGUGUGAGUCACACCGCCCCUGGCAUUUAGCCCAGGCUCCCCCGGUUUGAAGUUCAGUCUUCCUCAGGAGAUCUCCAGAAACACAGGACUUCACAAACUGAAUCCAGAAAGUUGAGUCUCUGAUAAAUAUUACUAAGAAUGGAUUUAGAUUUCAGAACCUCAUUUCUGUGUGACCCAUCCAUGGAUAACCUUGGAUCAGGAAAUAAAGACUUUAAACCCAGCCAAGGACCUGCUCUCCAAAAGGCAGAGGAGAUCUCUGAGCUCCAGGACACCCAGCACAGCUUAUUUCAAAAUGGCAACAACUCGUUUGCAAAGCAGGAACUGCAAAGACUCUAUAAAUCAUUUUACUUGUGGCUGCAGCCAGAAAAACACAGCAAAGAUGAAAUUAUUUUUCAAGUGGUCCUGGAACAGUUUAUGAUCAAUCGACACUGCAGUGAUCGGUCUACAUUGAAGGAGAAGUGGGAAUCAGGUGGCAGAAACCUGGAGAAAUUCAUGGAAGGUCUGAGUGAUGGUUGCAUGAAGCCACCUGGCUUAGUCCACGUCCACAUGCAGGGACAGGAAGCCCUCUUUUCUGAGAAUAUGCCCUUAAGAGAAGUCAUUGUUCAUCUCGCCAAACAGUUGUCACCAGGAACCCCAACAGGAGAGAACAUGGGGACACCGUCCUGUACUCCCCAGGACACUUCCCUGGCAAUGGGACGAGGAGAUGAAGAUAAAGAAAAUGGUGGCAACAUUGACCAAGUAAAUGACGGUAUUACUAGUCAAGGCAAUGAAAUCCCUUCCCUACUCAUUAUCCAGGAAGAGGGCUGUCCUAGGCCUGAAGACGACAGUGUUUCUUUGAAGAAUCCAGUCAGCUCUGGAAGAGCAGGUCUAGCCAUCUCCGGGUCCCAGGAGGGGUGCCCAAAAGGACCCCCUUAUCAAGAUAUCCUUAUGGAGGUGGAACCAGGGUUUCUCUCUCAGCCAGUCAAGGUCACCCCUGAGCCUGUUCCUACCCACCAGAAUGAGGGAAUCUCCACAUGUGAGGGACUCCAAGAAAGAUCCCAUGAAGCCCCCAAACCAUAUAGAUGUGAAAAGUGUCCCAAGAUCUUUAGGUAUUUCUCUCAGCUAAAAGCCCAUCAGAGAAGACACAAUAAUGAGAGGACAUUUAUUUGUGCUGAGUGUAACAAAGGCUUCUUCCAAGCAUCAGACCUACACGUGCACCAGAUGAUUCAUGUAAAAAAGAAGCCUUUCAUGUGCAGCACAUGUGAAAAGUCCUUCAGCCACAAAACCAACCUCCAGGCUCAUGAGAGAAUCCACACGGGAGAGAAGCCCUACGCGUGUUCCCUUUGCCGGAGAAGCUACCGCCAGUCAUCCACCUAUCACCGCCACCUGAGGACUCACCAGAAAAUGGCCUUCAAAAGUGCUCCUUCCACACCAGAAGUUUCCUCAGCUGCAGCCCCAAUGUAAUGUACACAAAUGUAUAUGCAAGUAUGUAUAUUUCCAUCGUACUUCUCUGUUUGGAAGAUAAUUUCUAAUUUCCUGAUCGUAUUCUCCAUUUCCUGUCUUACUCCAUUAAAAUAUAACUUUAAGGAGGUCAGGGAAUUUGUUUGUUCACUGAAGUAUUUCUGGUACCUAGAAAAAUGGCUGCCAAAUUUCAAAUGACCAAUGACCAUCUAUUGAAGGAAUGUGUAAUAUUGGUGUUUAUUCCUUAAAAUCCAAGAAUGGUCAGCCCCGGCGGCUCCCAUUGGUCAAGUGAGGCUUUCCCUCCUGC